UUUCUGCAGGCGAUUCCUGGAAACAAGACGCAGCAUUUCGCACUUUGCCGUUUCCUGUCUCGCUCGACUUUCAUUUUGUUCUCCUCUUUUCUUUCUGACGACGCUUUCCCCGCGAUCUGUGAGCGACAAGAGCUGAUCGACCGGCCUCGCCGCAAAACUCCACACGAUCAAUCCCGUCUCUUUUCAUCUCGACAUCUUCACUUUUUUGCGAUGCGCCGACGCUGCCACUACUAUUCCCACCAGGUACAAUAGCGACUUUUGUAAACAGCUGCAAGGCUACGACACCCAGGCCAACUGCUGCCGCUGCACGUCAUUCUGCUCUGCAUUGCGCUGGAUGGCACACCCCGCCACGACCGACAUCAUCUGUACACUCGUUACCACAACACAGCAGCAUUACCGACUGCCCCUAGCAAUCAUCUCCACUGGAGUCGCUUCAUCAGGCAUCCGAUCUACAACCCACUGCGCAUCCUGACGACAACCUCACCUCCCCCUCACGAUGGACACCAGCUAUCUGGCCCAGCAGGUCAAUACAAUAAUUGGCCAGCUGCAUGGCCUGUUUGACGAGAUUGGUGUCUCCAACCAUGAGCGCGAGUCGCGAGAGGCAGAGCUCUUCUCUGCGCUCUCCGAGGCACUCAACAAUCAAGUGCGACUUGUCACAUCUGAAAAGAAGGGGAUGAUUGAGCAAGCGCAAAAAAUGAUGACCACCAUCCGGCAAAUGGAGGCCUCCCUAGACGACAGCACAUCGCGCCGCUAUGAGGACGAGGACAUGAAAAUCACUUAUCCACUCACAAGGUGUCUCAAAGUUCUCGAAAAAAAGCAAAAUCAAGUCAGUCGGCUGCAUAGAGAGCGAUUCGAGCAGGUCAAGACACUUGUUCAAGCGCUCGAGUCUUACUCGUCACAUCUUGAACCAUCAUUUGUCAAGAUCGAGCUGCCGCCCACCGCGCCAGAUCAAUCAAUUCCUCCAACGUUUGACUUAUCACCCAAGUAUGUGGACAAGUUGGAUGCUGAGUUUACUCGUGUGUAUGAGGAGUACAUGCACCGCGUGGAUACUGUCAAGGGCUUGGGUGAGAAUAUCAUCCAGCUUUGGGCUGAACUGGGAACCCCCCAAGCCCAAACAGAUAAUGCGAUAGUGAAGUAUUAUCGCGAUGCCCCCGAGCAGCUUGGUCUUCACCAGGAGGAUCUUGCUCGUCUGAAGGCCAAGAGGGACAAGCUUUUGAAAGAGAAGGAGAACCGCGAAAGACGUCUUAGAGACCUCAAAGAUACUGUUGAGGGUCUUUGGGAGAGGCUCGAGGUUGAUGAGGCGGACCGUAAAGCGUUCCUCAAUAGCAACCGCGGCUGCGGAAUCCGGCAGAUUAACGAGUUCGAGGAGGAACUUGCGCGCCUCAAUGAGCUGAAGAGGCAAAACCUUCACAUCUUUGUCGAGGAUGCUCGUCUGAAGCUUCAGGAACUUUGGGACACCCUGUAUCUUUCUGAGGAGGAGAUGCUCGAGUUCACGCCAGCCUUCUCCGAUGUCUACAGUGAUGCUCUUCUUGAGGCCCACGAACGCGAAAUCGUUCGGCUCGAGGUCCUCAAAGAGCAACGAGCUCCUACUCUGGCUCUCGUUGACAAGCACAAGUCCCUCAUUCAAGAAAGAGACGAGCUUGCCGCUUCAGCCCAGGAUUCUUCCAGACUAAUGAUGCGCGGACAGAAAGGCGAGAGACGCGACCCAGGCAAGCUACUGCGCGAAGAGAAGAUGAGAAAGCGCAUCGCCAAGGACCUCCCCAAGGUCAUCGCCGAGCUCCGCAAAGGCCUUGAGAAGUGGGAAGACGACUACGGCCGACCAUUCCUUGUACACGGAGAGCGCUACCUGGAUGUCAUCGAACUCGAAGAUCCCCCCAAACCGAUCCCCGGCCCCAGGUCGAAGACACCAGCCAACGCCUCGGCAGCGCCCACCGCUGUGACCCCGGGCACCUCCAGGUCAAACAGCACCCUCUCCCGCGCCAAAAGCGUAGGCAGCCUGAACAAACUGAACCCGCAGCGGAACGGAAACAAAACCCCCACCACGGCGAGCACCACCACCACCACCAAACCAACUCUGGCCAGGGCGGCAACAGUCACAGCUAAUACAGUCAUCAGCAAGGGCAGUCCGAUCCGCGGAAGCACGGUUAGCCACCCCCGACCGCCGCUCUCAAACCUUAGGAACGGAAACAACUCCCCGGAGCGACCUCGAGCAUCGGAUUCGGUUAGUAGUGCGACUGGAAGUCUGAGGCUUGUCAUGAGAGCGCCACCGCCGAAAAUGAGGGAUUUGAUGCCGGCUCCCGAGCUGAAAAUGGAAGCACCGACGACGAUGCCAUCUUUCAGGAGUUCGAUGAAGCUGGGGUCGAGUGUCAGCAUUGUGAGGCAGGUCCAGCCCGAGGAUGUUUAUGACGAGAGGGACAGGUAUUCUUCCCAGAACAGCAGCGAUAGCAGGCCGAGCAGCAGGGAAUACACCACCACUUCGAGACAGACGAAUCACACGGACGACAGCAGCAGGCCGCCGACGAGGGAGUAUAACCCGCCAUCGAGGCAGAACUCGACGAGGGAGAGAGAGUAUGAUUCGUCGUCGUCGUCAACGAGGCAGAGCUAUGAGCCGCCAUCGAGGAGUCCGCUGCAGUAUUCACAGUCGGCAGCAGCACAGCAGAGGCAGGUGUCGGACACGUCGACUAUUGUUAGCGGGGUGUCGGGGUCGGAGAACUGGGAGACGUAUGAUGAUACGAGCGAGCCGGAGGUGGAUGUGUCCGAGGCGUAUUAUGCCAAGGUUAGGGCGGCGCAGCAGGCGGUGGGGUUUGGGACUAUUAGGGGGGUGCAGAAGUUGAGGAGUGGUGGGGGGAUUCCGCCGCCGUCGUCGCAGCAACGUGCCGGGAAUGUUGUUGUGGAUGAGGAUGGAAAUAGGAUUUUGAGUGGGGGGAGUGAGUGGACUGAUGAAGAUGCUUUUUGAGUGAGCGAGAGGGCUGGAUUUGGGCAAAAGGGAAGGUUUGGGUUUCAUUUCGAGGGGUACUUGUUUUAUGAACUGCUUUUUACUGUCGGAUGGGUUUGGUUCCUGUCUGAUGGGUUUCUUCCGUUUUUGCUUCUUUGGCUUUUUCAGCUAGGUGCGGGUCAAAACUUUGUAUCAGAAAAGGGGUUCAUGUAUAUUGUUAUAUGUAUUCUUUGAUGGUUUGGGUCCAGCAAUGGGAAAGAACACGAGGUGGGAUUGAUGGCUGGGAGUAAGGGAAUGGGAACACCGAAUAUGUUGGAUGGGAGUUCGGUGGUAAGAUGGAUGGAUACCUAUUUGUAAAUGGCUGGCGUUUGUAUAAGGGGGAGUUAUUAUCGUUUCGAUAUGCCCUGAAUACUAGAGGCUGAUCGUCAUAUAUCUUUAUCCUUUGGUGCAUUAAGUUUGGCAUUCUUAACUGUGCAAUAUAUAUAUGUCUAUAUCAGUCAGA